AGUGGCGCUGCUGGCCAGCCGGUAGCUCUCUACCCUCCUCUCUUUCAUGUUCUGGCCCAGCCCAUGUGACCAUAGAGACCAACCUAAAUAAACACAAGGCUGUGGCUGCUGCUGCUGCUGCUACUGCUUCUAAAGGAGUCGCUUGCUGGGUGGUUGGGUGCCGUCAAAUCCACCAAAGAGUGAAUCCCACUCGCUGAGGUCGUGGGACUUGGGGCUCACAGAAGUGUACUGUCCAACAACAACAGUUGGGUCGCGCUAAGGGGCUCGUUGAGGAGGCAGCGGAAAUCUGACCUAUGACCCCGACAGGCAGUGGACCAUUACCGGGGUUACGCAUGAGCCGCGAGUGGUGCCGUAUAAUGGAGAUGUUACCCGGGGGCGAUUUGCCGGGGAAAUGGUGAAUUCGUGGUUCGCCGAACGCGUCCACACAAUCCAGCCCUCCAAGGACACGCCCCCGCUGCAGCGAGCCCACCACCACCACCAACACCACUCCGCCUCCACCUUCUCGGACCACCCGCCCAGCAGCACCAACACCAACACCACCAUCACCAUCAACACCACCAUCACCACCUCCACCAUCACCCCGCCCGCCCUCUCCUUCUACGACACCCGCUGCCCCUCCCCCGGCCCCAACGCCAGCCCCGCCGCGCCCGGCACCCCCACCCGCAAGAUCUCCGCGUCCGAGUUCGACCGCCCCCUGCGACCCAUCGUGGUCAAAGACUCCGAGGGGUCGCUCACCUUCCUGUGCAGCUCGGACCGCGAGCUCGGCGCCAUGCCGACGCAGACGACGACGACGACGAGCGUCAACGAAGACGCCGGUUCUACUUCCUGUAGAGGGGAGGGGCUUAACAGCGGCGGCGGCGGUGACGUCGGUUCGGACCGUUGCCGCCGCCUGCUGGAGCUGGUGAGGGAGGUGUCCAGUCACCUCGACGUCACCGCGCUCUGCCACAAGAUCUUCCUGCACAUCAACGAGCUGAUCGCCGCCGACCGCUACUCGCUGUUCCUGGUGGGCGAGGACAGCUCCAACAGGAAGUUCCUGGUGAGCCGGCUGUUCGACGUGGCCGAGGGCUCCACACUGGAGGAGUCCUCCAGCAGCUCCAUCCGCCUGGAGUGGAACAAGGGGAUCGUGGGCCACGUGGCCGCCACCGGCCAGCCCCUCAACAUCCGCAACGCCUACGAGGACCCCAGGUUCAACGCAGAGGUGGACCUGAUCACGGGUUACAAGACGCAGACCAUCCUGUGUCUGCCAAUCAAGAACCACAAGGAGGAGGUGGUGGGGGUGGCGCAGGCCAUCAAUAAGAAAUGUGGGGAGGACAAAGUUUUCACUGAGCAAGACGAAAAGGACUUCUCCUCCUACCUGGCGUUCUCUGGCAUCGUGCUGCACAACGCUCAGCUCUACGAGACGUCCCAGCUCGAGAACAGACGGAACCAGGUGCUGCUGGACCUUGCCAGUCUGAUCUUCGAGGAGCAGCAGUCCCUGGAGGUGCUGCUGAGGAAGAUCGCCGGCACCAUCCUCUCCUUCAUGCAGGCCCAGGCAUGCACCGUGUUCAUCGCUGACCAGGACUCCAUGAACACAUUCUCCAGUGUCUUCCACAUGGAAUACGAGGAGCUCAGCGAUGGUCUGGACGCCCCAAAAAGAGAGUGUGACGUCAGCCAGAUCAACUACAUGUACGCCCAGUACGUGCAGAACACCACGAUGCCCCUAAACAUCACAGACGUCACUAAGGACCUGCGCUUUCCCUGGACGAGUGACAAGCCCGACCAGCCCAGUAACCACAUCAAGAGCUUGCUGUGCACGCCCAUCGGAAACGGCAAGAAGGACAAGGUCAUAGGCGUGUGCCAGCUGGUGAACAAGAUGGACGAGGCGACGGGCGGCGUGAAGGCGUUCAACCGCAACGACGAGCAGUUCCUGGAGGCCUUCGCCAUCUUCUGCGGCCUGGGCAUCCAGAACACCCAGAUGUACGAGAGCGUGGAGCGGGCCAUGGCCAAGCAGGAGGUCACCCUGGAGGUCCUAUCAUACCACGCUUCAGCCGCAGAGGAAGAAACUCGGCUUCUCCAGGUAACAGCGGCCGCGACAGUGCCCUCAGCCCAGACCCUGCAUAUUAUGGACUUCAGCUUCAGCGACUUUGAGCUGUCCGACAUGGAGACGACCCUGGCGACAAUCCGCAUGUUCAUAGACCUCAACCUGGUGCACAACUACCAGAUGAAGUACACGAGUCUAUGCCACUGGGUCAUGAGUGUGAAGAAGAACUACCGGCGGAAUGUGGUCUACCACAACUGGCGGCACGCCUUCAACACGGCACAGUGCAUGUUCGCCGUGCUCAAGUCCGGACGCCUGCAGAACAACAUGAGGGACCUGGAGAUGCUGGCGUUGAUGAUCGCCGCGCUCAGCCACGACCUGGACCACCGAGGAGUCAACAACUCCUACAUACAGAGGAGUUCCCACCCCCUGGCUCACCUCUACUGCCACUCCACCAUGGAGCACCAUCACUUUGACCAAUGUCUGAUGAUCCUGAACAGUCCAGGGAACCAGAUCCUGAGUGGCCUGUCCCUGGAGGGGUACAAGGCCACUCUCAAGAUGAUCGAGAGGGCUAUUCUGGCCACCGAUCUGGCUGUGUACAUGAAGAGGAGAGGGGAAUUCUUUGAGCUGACAAAGAACAGUCAGUUUGUCUGGGAGGACGAGGACCACAGAGACCUGCUGAGGUCAAUGCUGAUGACUGCGUGUGACAUCUCCGCCAUCACCAAGCCCUGGCCCGUGCAGAAGAGGAUCGCUGAGCUGGUGGCCACAGAGUUCUUCGAGCAAGGAGACAAGGAGAGAGAGGAGCUCAACAUCGAGCCCAUCGACCUGAUGAACCGUGAGAAGAGAGAUAAGAUCCCCAGCAUGCAGGUUUCCUUCAUAGACGCUAUCUGCACACAGUUGUACGAGACGCUGGCCGGUAUGUCGGAGCACUGUUCCCCUCUGCUGGACGGCUGUCAGCAGAACAGGCAGCGUUGGAAGCGUUUGGCGGAGCAGUGCGAGAAGGGCGGAGUCAACGGCCUGGAAUGAGAAGCGUUAACCCCGCCCCCAGACCCAAACCACUCCCCCUCAACCACCACUUGUCAUAGUUUUCAACUCGCUGUCAAUCGCCAGAGACAAUGUCAGCACUAAAGCUAUAUUUAUUACUGCAGCAUUUGUUAUUAACAAAAAAUAUAUAUUGUUUUGUUUUUGUUUUUACAUUUUUUGCACAAAGUUGACUUACAAACUCAUGACAGAUUUUAAACACUUUUACCAAGACAAGGUCAUCACGCAAUAGGACUACAGAAUAUUCCGGAAGAAGCAGUAGCAGAGCUCCAGAACCAAUAUGUACCCAGAAUCUCUAGAACCACUAACAGUGAGUGACUGGGCUUCUAAUGUACACAGUGAAACAGUUUCAUGACAUAUCUAAAGGUUCAAAGGGCUUUGGUUAACAACUUGAAUGCCAACCACACGCUGAGAUUGAACCACAGGAAAAGCGCCAUUUUUACUGCCUGAAAUGACUGCCUGCUGAUUUGGUAGAUGACAUCACUGUUACGCGGCUCAAACGUAACAAAGAAAUGGGGCAGGAGACCGUGUGACAAUCCACGUUAACAUCACCCGGCACCAAUUUCAGCCAAUCAGAGGAUCUGUUUCAGUUAUCUCUGGUGCCAUCCCUGAGGUUUUAGUUUGGUAAAUGGUUACUCAACAUAAGCACACAUAACAGUUUGGCUCUUUUAUAAUGUUCACAUUAUUCUUCAAUAAUACGUAUUUAUUUUUCUUUGAUAUAUAUUUAUUAUUUUCCGCUAUUCUAAGGGCAUCCUCGUUACGAACACCCGAGUCUUGAAAGGAAUUGCAGGUUAUCAAUUAAUUCCUGGCUCUGAGUUUGUUUAGGACAAACAUUGUUGGCAACCCCCAAGAAAUAUACUGUAUGAUUGGUUUUUAAAUUGUAUUAUGUUUUGUUUUGUUGUUGCAAAAUGUCAACGGCCAAAGACUAGGUCUGUAAUUGAAGUGGGCCUAGAAUCUUCCACUGCCUCCUCUUGAAAGAAUGCUUGCCACCAAGGUACCAUUUCAUAAGUCAAAACUAAGAUAAUAAUACAACCCAUCAUCAGUACUCUGUUGAUUAUCGAUUGACAACUGUCAAUCACUUAACCACCGUCUUCAUUCUUUAAAUAAAAGGUUGAGAGCCCGUUCAACACAUUUUCUAAUUAGCCAAAACCUAAUGGACAAGUAUCCAAUAAGUGACAGAGAUAGACAACUCAAACUCUGCGAUAAGAACGUAAAAGAACAUGUGACCUAUCACUGGACCAUCACACUGCCUUCUGCCGAGUCAGUGUCCCCAUAAUUGUUUUGUCAAUUGAGAAAUUAAUUAAUUAGAAGAAAAAAAACUUGGCAUCUUUAUUCAACACUACAGACGGCGGUGGUUUAGGCAUCUGUAAUUUCGUAGCUCAUCUUAGUUAUUUCACUAAUAUCUGUAACAGUUACCUGUUUUUUCCUACACAACAUGUUGUACUCGAUACUCACAAUAAACAGUUUGAUAAGAGCACCAUAUUUACAUUAACUUACAUUAGCUACAGAGCCUUCCCUCACACCUUUUAUAUAUUUGUACUGUCUUCUUCGCUAAACACAUGCUCAGAUAUCAACAAACCCUGGCGGCAUUUUGGAAUUGGAACUUUUACUUUCUCUGGGAAUGUAAACUCGUGUGCCUGAUCAUUCGAAAAUAAAAGUAGGCAUUGUUUUUAAUUA